CUAGGGGUUCUAAAUUUAGACGUCUUUCUAGUGUGGGAUCCCAAUGAUUAAAAAUAAUGGAUAUUACUCAUGAUGUUGUAUAUUCGAUCGAUUAGAAGUAUUGUACACUAAAUUCUCAGGUCUCAAGACACACUCCGUGGAAUCAAUGGCUGCAGUGUCUGUCGUGCAGUGCUGGCUGAUAUUGACUUCUGUGAUUUGUCUGUUUAAUUGGGUAGAAGCCUCUAAAGCUGGACAUAAAGUAGAUACAUGUCCAGAGACCAAGGACCUCUGGGAGAGCCGGGCAGCUAGCGAGUCCGCCAGCUGCGGGGGAGUGAGUGAAUACCACUGUCUGAGGGACAAAGAUGGCAAGAAACGAGAACUUUGUUUAGAGAAGACCCGCAUCCUACAGGGAAACUGCCCCAUCGUUACAGAGAAAGGAUUCUUAAACUGGGAGCCCUGCAAUGAGUCCCUGCCAGGAUGUCCCAACAACCAUUACCUCUCAAAUGAGGUCUAUAAAUUUCCUUUCUGUUUCGGGAACAACACUUCAUCUUCUAUCAAGUCUGAAAAUAAAGAUACAGAAGAGGACUCAGACAUUGAAAUAAUAGUUCCAGUUGUCAUAUUUAUUGUAGUUGCAGUGGUUGUAGUGCUAGGACUGAUAUACUACCUAAGGAUACAAAGAAACAGAGGACCAAAUUAUGAACCUAAGGAUGAGGAAGUUUGUCUGAUGGAAAACGAUAAGAGAUAUUCAAGAGCAGAAAUUGUGAAAAAAGACCAUGUACAGCAAGGACUUGCUGCUCUCCAGAAACAUGAUGCACUGCUAAUUACAGGAAUGCUUGGAACUGCGGUCACCAGUACAGCGGAGAGCAUCAUGAAAGAGUUCUCCAACUCCGAAUCACAUUCAGGGUGGAGUUUCAAGUUAUGUAAAUGCCAAGAACUUCCUGUCAAAUUUGAUCCCAAGACAAUAUACUUUGUGUAUGGUUGGUUUGGACUUUAUAACGACAAUCCUUGUUCCAUGAAUGAUGUAAAAAUUUAUUUGAAUACUAUAAAUUCCACUUUGAAGAAAAAACCAUUAAAUAAGUUUAUCAUUGGAUUGAGAUCUGACUUUUACAGACGUUAUGGUUCUGAUUUGGAAGAUUUUGAAGAUUUAUUUCAUAAAUCAAUGUCAUUAGAUUCUGUAAAUAAAAUGCGAGAUCAAGGCUAUGAGGAUCACUUAAAAAAUAAAAUCAAGAAUGCAUGCAGUAACAGUGAAUGCCUAUGUAGAAGAUUGACAUUUGAUAUGAUCAUGGAUAAAAAAGAAGGUAAAAUUGGAAUUCCCCUCAAACUAGCAAUACUGACAAAUGAUCAUGAUCUGAUUGCUACAUUCUUGGAGUAUAAAAAUUUCAAGAAAACGUUAAUGGAGAAUUUCAAAUCAUUAAAGACUUCAGACUUGGAUCUUUACCAAUGUGUUAUGUAUGUGUGUUUAAAAGGAGAUCUGAAAUGUUCAGAAGAUGUAGACAAACGUUUGGUUAACUCUAUGCAUUUUAACAUUUCAAAGGAAAGCGUUGAACAAAAAAUGAGUGUUAUGGGAAAAUACGUAAGAAUGAGGAAAUCGGAUGAGCGACAGAAAGUUGAAGCUUCCAAAGCUACGUAUGUGUUCUGGCAUCCUUUUAUUUACAUUUGUGCUUUUCAUGCUUUAUUCGAGUCGCACCCAGAAGACGUUGUGAAAUAUUGUAACCUUGACGCUAUCCUACAACUAGUGCGUCCACCAAGUAAAAGCGAUCGUAAAACAAACUAUUUUACUGUCACUGCAACAGAAGAACAAGUCAAAAUAUUCCAAGGACGAAUCAAAAGUGAAGGACAGGAUGAAAUGUAUGCUGCUCACCCACUUCUUGAAUUCAAAUGAACUUAAAAUGUUUUUUAUGUCCGAUAUUUUGCCUGCCUUGGUAAUUCAUUGUGCUUUUUGUGCAUGCAUUUUACAUUGAAUUGCAAUAUUUACCUGAUGUACUUGCAUGUCUGUAAUUGUACUCCUAGGUUGUUAUUACUGGUAUAUUACACAUUUAGUUUUACCCGACAGUUUUUUUUUUACAAGUACUGUCAUAUAGAUAUUAAAUUCAAUCAUCAUCGUACUUGUGCACAAUCACAAAAUCAUGGUACAUAAAAAACAGAAAUUCAAAAUAAUAUUUAAUCUGUUGAUUGCCAACCUCAAUUCAACACAGUUGAAAUUAAGCCUAUUAAGCAUAAUUUAUGUGAAACAGUUUACAUAUGUGUAUCUUCUGUAUAUUUACAUUCUGCAUAUAUAUAUACAUGUAUAUAUGCAUGACUUUCUUAUAGUGGCAUCAUUAUGAAUGCAUGGAAACCAUUUAUCAAAUUAUUUCCAAAAAGGGCAAAUGAAUAUUAGCUGUAUUACAAUUUUUUGAAAAAUUAUGUUUAUACAGUAAUGAGAAAAAUGAAAUUAAUACUGGCAUAUUGUAUAUAUCUCAUGGAAUUGAAAACCCCAAAUAUUGUCUAAAAAGUCAAUUAAGUUAUAUAGUUAUCGACUGAGCUUCUGAACUUGUCAGUUAAUGUAACUGUAUAUAUAAUUUUUGUGUUUUGGUUACUCUACCAACCUUUUCUGGAAUGAAAAUUUAUUAAUCCCCAUCUUGGUAUCAAAGAUAUAUUUUUAUCAUAGUUGUGGAAUAAUAAAUUAGUUGUGUUUAAUAUAUUAAUGUUGCAGUGUUCAAUGUUUCAAUUACAUGUACUGAAUAUGGACAAGUUUGAAAACAUGCAUUAUUUUGAUAUUGUUGCAGGGCAUUUUAUUUAUCCUUGUCUUAAUUCAUUUAGUCUUAAUUUUUGUCAGCUUCAAUAAUAUAGUCCCACUACCAUUGUGUUGUAAAAUUUCCUCUCGAUCCUUCUAAUCCUUCCUUUUAUUUUUUGGUGUGUAUAACCUACACAUAUUAAUUUAUACACACGGUGUGUAGUGUGUACAGCUGUAGCACUAAAAAGAACAAAUAAGUAUGUAGAAAAGACUACCAGGCACCUAUAAUUUAACGUUAACUGGUUAAUUAAUUUAAAUACUGGUAAUCUAAGAGGUCUGUUGUUGCUGCAGCUGUUGACCUGAUGGUGAUGUCCAUGCACUGGUAUGGAUCACAGAAGGAGAUUAUAUUUUCUGCCAUGACUGUUUUACUGUGAUCAUCAAGUAUUAUUGGUCAGCUUUUAAAUUUACAUGUACAAAUACAUGUGAUUGAAAAAUAACAAUAGUUUAAAGAAUAUUUGUUUUUUACUUUUUUAUUGCUUAUUAAUAAUUAAUUUUUUAGUUCUUGUAUUGCAUAUUCAUGUAUAUGUGGAUAAAGUAUAUAUUGCCUAUCAUGCACUGCACUUAAAAAUGUUGUUUGUUGUACAAGUAAAUGAGGAGAAAUAUUCACCGACAAAACAAAUGAUGCUACAUGUAUAUGUACUUAAAAUAACAAAAGAAGUGCUAUGAAAUAAUCUCCAAAGUGCUUUUAUAUUAAUGUCUUAAGAUAAGUGCUUACAAUAAAACUUUGCUUGGCAUUGCCUAAUCUAA